CACCAUCACCACCAUAUUAGUCUCCACCAACGCAUCAGAAACAUUCAACAACUGAACAUCUUAAAAAUGUUCAAAAUAGUCGUUUUCUUCGUGUCCAUUGCCUCCGCUCUCGCGAAACCCGGACUUCUUCACGGAGUGGCCGCUCCAACGGCCUUUAGUCAACAGACAAGACAUGACAUCAUCCAUCCCGGAGUCAUCACCUACACCACCGCCCACGCCGCUCCGGUAGUCGCCGCAGCGCCUGUUGCAGUGGCCGCUCCUGCGGUCCAGGUUUCCAGCGCUGCUACUUCUCACCUCGAUGUUCGCCGUCCUCUUGUGGCGGCCGCUCCGGUGGCUGUUGGAGUAGUUGGACAUGCCGGAGGAUUGGGAUUAGGGGGUGUCGGACUGGGAUUAGGAGUGGGAUUUGGAGGACAAGGGCAUGGAGUGCACGGAUAUGGGAAAUAAGACAUUUCAAAAUUGAUUUUCUUUCUUUUGUGAAAUACUGAUAUUUUCUACUCAACGAAUAAAUUUUUUCGAUAUUUUAA